GAAGAAGCUCUGAUGGACUGAAGUAAAGAUGUCGAUGGAAGAUCCGUUCUUUGUUGUUAAAGGGGAGGUGCAGAAGGCAGUGAACGCAGCACAGAGCCUCCAUCAUAGAUGGAGCGAGCUGCUGCAGGAGGGGGGCGGAGCCUCCAAGGAGGAAAUGGACUGGACGACCAAUGAGCUGAGGAACAGCCUGCGCUCCAUCGAGUGGGACCUGGAGGACCUCGACGAGACCAUUAGCAUCGUGGAGUCCAACCCAAAGAAGUUCAACCUGGACACAGCAGAGCUGAUGAAGAGGAAGGCCUUCAUCACCAGCACCAGGCUCACUGUGAAGGAAAUGAAAGAGCAGAUGUCGAGGCCGGCUGUUUCCUCCACGGACAGAAAGAACAAACAGGCUCUACUUGGUGAGCGUGGGGCUCAGGGUCCGAUCUGGCAGCCGGGUCCUGAUAAAUACAGCCGACUGGACAGCCAACUGCAGAACGCUAACUCUCAGUUCAUAGAGGAGCAGCAAGCUCAGCAACAGUUGAUGGCCGAGCAGCAGGAUGAACAGCUGGAGCUCGUGUCAGGAACCAUCGGUGUCCUCAAAAACAUGUCAGAGAGGAUCGGCAUGGAGCUGGAUGAGCAGGCCGUGAUGUUGGAUGACUUCGGCCAUGAGAUGGACAACACUCAGUCAAGACUGGACAACGUCAUGAAGAAAUUGGCCAAAGUGUCCCACAUGACCAGCGAUCGUCGGCAGUGGUGUGCUAUUGGCGUGUUGCUCGCCAUCCUCUUCGUGGUCAUCCUUCUCUUCUUCAUCCUCUGAUUGAGUUCCUCUCCUCUCAGCACGGAUGUCUUAAUCCUGUGUCUACUGGACUCUGCUGAACUCUACAGUUCUAUAUCCACCUCUUGUACUGUACUGGACUCUACUGGACUGUACAUUGUGCUUCUUGUCUUCACCCCUUGACCCGCAUUAUCACCACCAACCUUCUUCCAGCCUUCAGUCUCUAGCUGCUGUCAGCUGAUUUGCUGUUAAGCCUGGUUCUACUGGACUGUCCUGGUUCUACUGGACUGUCCUGGUUCUACUGGACUGUCUUGGUUCUACUGGACUGUCCUGGUUCUACUGGACUGUCCUGGUUCUACUGGACUGUCCUGGUUCUACUGGACUGUCCUGGUUCUACUGGA